AUGGCAUCAUCAUCAUCAUCGAAGAAGAAGAAGCAGAAAACGGAGGAGGUAAAAGAAGAAGAAGAAGAAGAAGACCAAGACGACCAAACGACGAUCGCAGUAUCGCCAUCUCCGGAGGACAGAGUCGUCGAGACGAAUAAUAAUAAGGAGGAGGAGAAGAAGAAGAGCGAGAACGAAAACGGGACGAGGAAAAAAAUGACGACGAUGGAGAAAGGAUUUGCAUCAUCGAACGAUGGUGACGACGAGGAGACGAGAGGAGGAGAAGGAAACGGAGAGGAAGACCAAGAAGACGUGCAAGAAGAUUUAUCUCUGAUUGACGUCAGCGAAGGCGCCAUCGAGGAAGAGCGGAAGUUGAUGAAAGAGAGAGAGGAAGAGAAGGAGAAGAACCAAGAUCAGACGAAGGAGAUUACCAGUCCCGAGCAGGUGGUUUUGGACGAUAAGAAGUUUGAACAUUUGGACGAGUUGUUGAAUAAGACGAACAUGUAUACGGAGUUUUUGAAAGAGCAGAUGGAGGAAGGGCAAGAGGAAGACGACGACGACGACGACGACGACGACGUUGAUUUGACGAAGAAUAAUAACAGCAAGAAGCGAAAGUCCACCGGCGGCGCGGGUACGAAGAAAGAGAAGAAGACGGACGCGGAAAAGACGCGAGAGUUGUUGCCGCUGAUGGAUCCGAGCGCAGUUUUGAGAGGGUACCAGUUGAGAGGGGUGAAGUGGUUGAUUUCGUUGUGGUCGAACGGUUUGAACGGGAUCUUAGCGGAUCAGAUGGGUUUAGGGAAAACCAUUCAAACGAUCGGGUUUUUGAGUCACUUGAGGAGCAAAGGGAUUUGCGGUCCGUUUUUGGUGGUCGGGCCGUUGUCGACGCUGUCGAAUUGGAUCAACGAGUUUAAGAAGUUUUGCCCGGCGUUUCCGACGGUUUUGUACCACGGGAGUAAGCAAGAGAGGGCGAACAUUAGAAACACGCGCAUGCCGGUGAGAUCGGUCGUGGACGAGACGUUUCCGGUGAUUGUGACGUCGUUCGAAAUCGCCAUGUUUGAUCGCAAGUUUUUGCAAAAGUAUCAGUUCAAGUAUUUAAUCGUGGACGAAGGACAUCGAUUGAAGAAUUUCGAUUGCAAGUUGAUUCGAGAGUUGAAGAUUAUUCCAGCCGCGAAUAAGUUGUUGUUAACUGGAACGCCGUUGCAGAAUAACUUGCCGGAGUUGUGGUCGUUGCUGCACUUUUUGUUGCCGGACGUGUUUUCGUCCUUGGACCAGUUCAAGAGUUGGUUUGAUUUCAGCGAAGAGUUGGACGAUAAGGUUGAGUUUGCCGAACGAGAGCAACAAAGACGCGCGAAAGUCAUCUCUAAAUUACACGGGAUUCUAAAACCGUUUUUGUUGAGACGGUUAAAAGGCGACGUGGAGAUUUCGUUGCCGAGAAAGAAGGAAAUUAUUGUAUACGCGAGCAUGACCGAGACGCAAAAGAAGUUCAACGACGCCAUGGUCGAUAAGACGAUCGAGGAUAUGUUGAAGAAAGAAGCAGGCGGAAAUCGAGUGCCGGUUGGUUCUACCGCUUUAAACAACAUGCUCAUGCAAUUAAGAAAGAACUGCAAUCACCCGGAUUUGAUAUCUGGCGGGUUAGAUGGUUCCAUCAUGUUCCCGUCCGCGGAGGAGUUGGUCGCGCAGUGCGGCAAAAUGCAAUUGUUGGAUCGCUUGUUGACCUCUUUGCGUAAAAGUGGUCACAAAACGUUAAUCUUUUCGCAAAUGACGAGAAUGUUAGAUUUGUUAGAAUCGUUCUUUGAACAAAGAGGCGAGCGCGUCUGUCGCAUCGACGGUUCGGUGAAACAAGAGCAAAGAAGAGACGCCAUCGACGCGUUUAACAAAGACCCGACCGUGGAUAUUUUCUUGUUGUCCACUCGCGCUGGCGGUUUAGGUAUCAACUUAACCGCCGCGGAUACGGUCAUCAUCUACGAUUCCGAUUGGAACCCGCACGCGGACAUGCAAGCGAUGGAUCGCGUUCACAGAAUUGGUCAAACGAAGCCGGUGCACGUCUACCGCUUAGCCACGGCGAACUCGGUGGAAGGCAAAAUGCUUUCCCGAGCGGCGUCAAAGUUGAAACUCGAAAAAUUGGUCAUUUCCGGCGCGAACUUGAAGCAAGGCACGACCAAACAAAAAUCCACCGAGUCCAUGUCCACGGAAGAGCUCGUCCAACUCCUCAAAGGCGGUGGAAGUACCGGUACGGACGAAGACAUGCCGCAAUCCGGAGUCAUCUCGGAUAAAGAUUUGCGAGUCAUUACCAGUCGUAAAGAUUUGACCGGCGAACAGGCGAAACCGAACCCGGAGAGAGGCGUUGGAUGGGAAGACGUGGAAGACCGCUCGGGCAUGUCUUUGUUAGGCAACGUCGAGAAGAAGUAA